CGAGGCCCCGCCCUACGUCCCGGCCCCGCCCCGCGGCCCCUUUUAGGCGCAGUGUGGCUGGCCGGCCGCCGGGGACGCCUGGACCCUGGGCUGCCUGUACCCUGGGCUGCCUGUACCCUGGGCUGCGGCGGCGACGUCCAAGCGGAGGGUCUCCCGUAGCGUCCCUGCUGAGCCUGGACUCCCAAUGGCCAGCUUACCGGCCGUGAGGCUGGGCGUUGCUCCCCCCCCCCGACACCAUGGAAAAGUACCAGGUGCCGAGUGUCCCCCGCGGGGGCGGUAACGGUUCUCGCGGCGGGGGACCCCCCAGCCUCCGUAGGCGACCUCCGGGUCUGCUCGGCGCCCCGGCCUGGCUUCAGAGUCCCCCCCUGAAAUCAACUCGGAGGGCGAGAACGGCCCCUUCCUUCCGCCGGGGCCCCUGGGCUAGGUCCACGGGCAGCCUGGGACCCGGAGCGCAGGCGGGAGCCCCGGAAACGCCCCAGCUCGCCGGACACAAAGGAGAGCCCAGAAGGUUUGGGAUCUUGCAGGAGCUGAGUCCUGGCGCUUUGGGGGUGAACAUGGUGGUGGAGGAAACAAAAACCAAAAUCAAGCACGUGAUAAAACAGGUGCAGUGCAUGGACCAUCGUCAUGCCAGCCAGGCCCUGGAGGAGAUAAGGCCACUGCUGCAGCUCCGGCACCCCCACAUCUCCAUGUGCGAGGAGGUCUUCCAGAUGUGGGACAGCAAGGUGUCCUCCAUGUUCCUCUGCCUGGUGAUGGAGUACAGCCUGGAAAGCUUCCAGGACGUCAUUGAGUCGAAGAGGGAAGAGAAAGCCCUCAUCGACUCUGAGUGGCUGCAGGUGAUGCUGGUCCAGGUGCUGAACACGCUGGAGUACCUGCACCACCUGGACAUCCUGCACACGAACCUCAAGCCCUCCAACAUCGUCCUGGUCAGCCAGAACCACUGCAAGCUGCAGGACCUGGGCUGCCAUGUGCUGAUGACCCACCGAGCCAAGUGGAACGUCCGCUCGGAGGAAGACUCCUGUAAGAAGUCCUGGAUGGCCCCAGAAUCCCUCAGCUUCUCCUUCAGCCAGAAGUCAGACAUCUGGUCCCUGGGCUGCAUCAUCCUCGACUUGGCCCGUUGCUCUUUCCUGAAUGGAGUGGAAGCCAUGGACCUGCGGAAGUCCCUCCGCCAGCAGCCAGGCAGCCUGCGGGACAUACUGGAGACCAUGGCGGAGAGGCAGGUCCCCUUGAUGGACACCUUCUCCUUCCUCCUGCCUGCGAUGCUGCAGAUCAACCCCUCGGACUGGGUAACCCUCAAGGAUGUGGUCCGCAUCACCUUUGGGAGGAGCUCGCUUAAGUCCUCGACCCUGCCUGGGCCGUUGAUACCUGAGGCCAUCACCAGCGUGCUACUGGAAGGCAGCAUGGCCAGCAUUCUAGCAGGCCCCGCCCUCCUGUCCAGCCACCCCGAGGUCCGGCUCAGAGCCAUGAAGAAGCUCUUGUCCAUGCCUGAGGACCAGCUCGGGCUGCCAUGGGCCCUGGAGCUGGUGGAGGUGGUGGUCACCACCAUGAAGCAGCAGGAGAGGAUCCUGGACGUGCAGCUGUGCGCCAGCACCUUGCUGCUGUGCAUCCUGGGCCAAGCGCUGGUGUGGGACACGGACGUCAAGGUGUCCUGGGACAGCUCCUUCAGCUCCACGCUGCUGAGCGCCAUGCGCAGGCACCCUGACUCGACGCAGCUCAUCAUCAAGGCCUGCAGCCUGCUCACCAUCAUCUCCAGCCACGAGUCGGCUUCUCAGGAGCUGCAGAAGGUCGGGCUGUGCGAGCUCGUCCUGCAGCAUCUGAGCAGCUUCCUCCAGGACCAGGACGUCUGCCUCAGUGGCCUGGGCCUGCUCUGGGCGCUCCUGGUGGAUGCCGUCAUCAUGAACAGAGAGCCCUUGGAGAAGUUCCUGGGCCUGGUGGCCCAGGUGCUAGCCACCCACCCUGCUGACAUGGACAUGGCCGAGGCCGGCUGCGCAGUGCUCUGGCUGUUGUCCUUGCUGGGCUGCAUCAGGGAGGAGCAGCUGGAAGAGGUGGUGCUGUUGUUCCUGCAAAGCAUCCAGCUGGGCCAGGGCAGGGUCCAGCUGGUGAACAAUGCCUACCGGGGCCUGGCCAGCCUCGUGAAGGCAUCGGAGCUGGCAGCCUUCUGGAUGGUGGCGCUGGAGGAGGGCAGCAGUGGCGGCCUUAGCCUGCUGCAGGCGACCUACUGGCUCUACAGGGACGACCCCGAGGUGGUGGAGAACCUGUGCUUGCUGCUGGCCCACCUCGCCUCCUACAAGGAGAUCCUGCCAGAGCUGGAGUACAGUGGCAUCAGGGCCCUGGCCCAGGACAUCCAGGGCUGCUUCCCCUCCAGCCUGGAGCUGGUUUCUUACGCAAAAAAAGUGCUCCUGAGCCUGGAGACGACUGCAGCCCAUGACCUCUCAGGGGAUCUCCCUGCCCCGCCCUGAGGACCCCCAUUCCCAUCCUGGGGUGGGUAUGGGAGAAGGGUCACUGCCGCCCUGACUAAUAAAGCCCGAGGCUGGCUGCCAGUGGCCCAGUCCUGGCUGGUGUGGCUCUGGAAGGGUCUGAACACAGGGAGAAGCCACACCUCCACAGUGCCGAGUGUUUAUUCGUGGCUGGGGUUUGAGCCCAGGGCCUGGUGCAUGCUGGGUAGGCCUCACGAGCCUGUGGCACCGGCUGUGGGCACCAUUUCGGCACAGCAGGCAACGGGCUGGGCUUGGGCUUUACUCACCCAUGUGACAGCCACCCCAACCCGCCCUGGACCCGGGGCCCGCCAGCACAUGGCCCGCUGGAGCCCACAGCCUUCCCACUCAGGCCAGGGGAGGCGCCGGCUACGGUGGCCGAGGCUGAGUCUAGCUGGUGGGUACAAGUCUGCUGGGUGCCGGCCUGCGGCAGCCCUGCACCAAAUGAAGUAAAUGGGAGUGAGGGGCCAGCACGAAGCCCCCUCCAGGGCCCAGCACGA